UCGCUAACGAUGUCAGACGCUGACAUUCAGUUUUACACUGGCAUUUCAAGGGAUGCAUUUUUGUCUCUAGUCGAAAUGGUAUCCUUAAUGACAACAGCCAACUCACGAAUCCCUCUUGAGGAUCAACUACUCCUCUCUCUAAUGCGGCUACGUCUGGGCCUCCUUUAUGGUGAUCUCGCCAGGCGAUUUUCCAUAUCUGUUACUCGCAUUUGUGCUAUCUUCGAUAAGAUACUUGGAAUCUUAAAGAAGAUUAUGACGUAUAUCGUGGUCUGGCUGCCACGUGUACGCAUUCAGAGCACCAUGCCAGCAUCUUUUGUAGAGAAUGGCUAUGGCAGGACAACGUGUAUCUUCGAUUGCGCAGAGCUCACCUUGCAGAGGCCACGGAAGUUAAUGGCCCGUGCGCAAACGUACAGUGCAUAUAAGGCUGCAAACACUUUAAAAUUUCUUACUGUGAUUGCACCUAAUGGGCAUCUCAUGUAUGUUUCUGAUGUUUACGGAGGGAGAGCCUCUGAUAAGCACAUCGUUCGGACCUGCGGGGUUGAGGACUUCCUACAGAGAGGAGACGAAAUCAUGGCUGAUCGAGGCUUUGCACUCGAAGCUCACUUGGAGGCCAGGGGGAUCAAGUUGAAUGUGCCUGCAUUCACGAGGGGAAAGCCCCAACUGUCGGAGACUGAGGUGACUAAGACUCGACGUAUUGCGUCUGUGCGGAUCCACGUGGAAAGGGCCAUUAACCGCAUCAAAACGUAUCGUAUUUUUAAGUCUGCUUUGCCCAUAGCAUCUCGCAAAACUAUUAACGACAUGGUUUUUGUGUGUGCUGGUCUGUGUAACUUGAAAGCACCACUUAUCGCACACCAAAAUGAUGCGGUCUAACACAGUGCCAGCUAACAUGAGAAGCUGAUUCAAUAAGUUCAAAGUCAAAUGCAGAACUUCCUGAGCACCACCUCAUGUAGCAUGGAGUAGGACGGCUUCUUGUCGACUAUCAUCGUUACCGCUUCUGCCAAGCAGCAUUACUGUCUCAUUGCAGUGCCAUACUAAAGAAGCAGGUGUGGUGUUUCCUUGAAGACAAUUUGUGAGAUGGGUCUGACAUUUUCCACU